UAAAAGGGUAUUUGCUUUUUUGGGAUAAGUAUUUCCUAGAGGCCUUGACAGAUUCUUGCCGUUUCAUAUUAUGUAUUUUGGGCUGUGAUGUCUCUAUCUUUGAGAUGUCUUGCUGUGUCUUUGAUCUUAUCAACACUGGCUGGCCAUGCAUUUGUUUAAGAGCCCAAUCUCUCAAUCAACCAAAUGAUACUGCUGUUAUUUCAGUAAAUUGCAAGUUUGUGUCCUCUCUUCCAGGGCUGGUGAAUGGAGUAGAGCUCUCAGCAGUCGUCCCGGCCUCACUGCCCCCCUCUCUGUCUCUCUCUCCCUUUCUGCCCCUUGGACCCUUUCCUCUUUCUUCCUGCAGACUCUGCUCUUUGUGCUCUUUGACGCUCUUUCUGUCAUCCACCCCGCUCCCCCUCUCCCCUUCACUUUCCCCAUUCCUUCUCAAUCCUUUGCCUUCACUCUGUGCCCCCCCCCCAACUCAACUUACUCCAUCUUGUGCUCCCAUCUGCAUCUUAGGGUCUUGCUCUCCCAACUCCUCCUUUGCUGAAGUGGCCAUGUGGUCCAACUACUUUAUGCAGCAGGAGGAUGACGGGCGGAUGGGCGUGGCUGCAGGAGGCGGAGGCGGGGCGUCGGGCGCGGGGGGCGUGCGGAGCGGCAACAGGCGUAAACCCCAGAUUAGUGACAGCCAGGAGUGUAAGGUCAAACUGGCCUUCUUCGUGGCCGUGGUGGGCGUGAUGCUGAGCGUGCUGGGCGUGGGCACGGAGUUCUGGGUGGAGCUGGCGCAGCCCAAGCACCUGGGCAACAACCACACCUGCGAGAUAGCCCACUACGGCCUGUGGAAGGGCUGCAUACGCUCCCUCUGGAUCUCAGACAUCGACCCCGAGAGGGAGUCCUGCGGCCCGUCAGAACUGCCCGGAGAGUCGAACUGCACGUUCUUUAAGUUCUACACCACUGGAGAGAAUGCAGUCAUUUUUAAGAAGACGACGGAUAAGAGUCUGAGCGUGGCUUCGGGCAUGUUGGCCCUGAUCAGCCUCACGCUCAUGGUCAUGGGCGCCAUCUGCAUCAUCAUGGCCCUCAGUAAAGGAGUAAUGUUCUUCCUCAAGCCUGCCUCCUUCUGCUUCAUUGUCUCAGGUAUCCUGGUUCUCAUCUCCAUCCUGGUGUUCCACCAGUCUGUGCUAGCGCUGCUGGCCAGCGAUCACACCAUCCCUCUGCACCACGAGCUGGCCUGGUCUGUUUCGUGUGUGGGCUGCGCCGGGGGCAUUCUCAUCGUGGCUGGGACUCUCUUCCUCUUGCAGGCUCUUCCAUACAGCCCCUGGGAAAAAUGUCUGCCACAGCACAGUAGUAGUGACACCUAAUUGCCAGGAGGACCAACUGCAGGAUGCUUGAGGAUUAAAAAAAAAAAAAAACUGCAAGGUGUUUGAGGAGUUGGAAAAAAAGUUUUUUUACUGUAUGAUUUUGUAGAGGGACAAAUAGUUUGAUGGAUAUUAAUGUUUACUAAAUACAAGAAAUAAUUGAUGAACCUACACCAUAUUUGAAAUUCAUAACCCUUUAAGUGCACUUAAAUAUCAGCGUAGAUAGGAGAAAAACCUGUGACAAGAAGGUGCACUCACACCACCUACCUACUCAGAGCCUAGAUUAGCAACCUAGCUGAGGAGACGCUUGGCACGUGUGACCACAGGGCAGCCUUGUGGAGAAGCAUGAGUGUGUGUGAAUAUCAGGGCACACCCAGGGGCAGAGUGCUGGAGCACAAACAUUAUGUCUGUAUGGCUCUGUGUGCUGAGGCAAUGAGCCUGAAACACUUGGCCCACACACGUCCAGUGCAAACAGCUCUCUCUCUCCCUGGGAGUUCUGCCUCUGUUCUUCUCUCAGCCUCUGCAUGGUGUUGUCACGCUUUGUGCUUAGAUCCAGAGUCUUUCUUGGUAUAGGAAGAAGGUUUUUUGACUCUCAAAGCUUAUAUAUAUAUAUAUAUAUAUCUUCCUAUAUGAUUCUCUGCCAAGUGUUAUUAUUUGAGAUCAACUAAGAGCUGUGAUUGUCUUAAAUCUGGCCACUGCUGUCAUGUCGUCGGCUCACUGUGGGGUUUGAAAGGAUUCAGGGAUGAAAAGGGCAGAGCGUCUCUUUCCAGGAACAGGUUUACCGCUAGCUAUGCCUGCACUGUGCCGGACGUGUUGCGCUACUAACAAGGACUGACUACUAAACACAUGCAUUAGAUAUGCAAAGGGCAACACAGAAGCAUUAUCACAACGAUUAAUUAUUUAAGCCUUUUACAACUUAUAUUUGUUAUAUAUUAAUACAUGUAUUAUAAAUUAUGUAUGCAGGUGGGCAUGAGUGGUGUGUGUUUGUGAGAGAGAGUAUACGUAUUUCUGUGUGGGUGUAACUCUGUGUAUAUAUAUAUAUGAUGAUGUUUUUUAUCCUCCUUGAGGCACAGGAAAAAGAUGGCCACACAACCACAGUGCCUACACUGAUGAUCAUGACUCACUGAUCUUUUGUUUUUUCAGAGAGAUGGUCCACUUCUUUUCUUUCUCCACUUGUGUGUGUGUGUGUGAGAGAGAGAGAGUGUGUGUGUUAUUCCUCAGACUGUGCCCCUCUGUCUCUCGCUUCUCUCCACAAACAUAUCUGGGCCCUAAAUGUGUCUGUCUCCUGGCUCUCCUCGUAAUAAAAAAUUAAAACCUAUUUCACACAUA